UUCCUUUUUCCUUUUGCUUUAAAUCUCUCCAAUUCUAACUAAAGACAUAUUUCGUCGUUUUCAUAUUUAAGGGUUUUGUGUUGAAAAUAUAAAUAGAAUAAUAGGUAAAGAAUACUGGUAGUAAAUAAUUAGUGAAAAUAGGGAAAAACAAAAAAAAUGUCAGUUGGAGAAUCCAAUGGAGUUCACGUAUCAAUGCAAAACCUGGGAUCAGUAUCACCCUUUGCUGCCGAUGAUCGUACGGCAACGUACAACCCUUUGAUGCAACCAAUUUCCUCUUCCACUUCCCCGACGCCGUCUUUUCAAGUUCCCGCCGCCGGCGAUCCUCCCGUCACUAUCGCAGCUCCGCUUAAUGUAAACCCUAUCUCAAUUGAACCUGCUAAACGAAAACGCGGAAGACCGAGGAAGUAUGCUUCUGAGGGUUCCGCGAACCCUGGGAUGAUUUCUCCUCCGCCGCCGUCGCAGGUCGCCGGUAGUGGAUUUCCGUCUCCUACGCCGCCGCAAGCAACUGAGUCGGCGGUGAAAAGGGGUAGGGGGAGACCACCUGGUUCUGGCCGAAAGCAGCAGCAACUAGCUGAUUUAGGAUCAGCAGCAGCAGGGGUUGGAUUUAGACCACAUGUUAUUACAAUAAAAGCUGGAGAGGAUGUGUUGGCAAAACUAAUGUCAUUCUCCCAAAGUACCUCACAAGCAGUGUGCAUUCUGUCAGCCAAUGGCUCCAUAUCUAACGUAACACUUUGGCAAGCAGCAACAUCAGGUGGAACUGUAACUUAUGAGGGACGGUUUGAGAUCCUAACUCUGUCUGGUUCCUUUCUUCUCUCGGAAUCUGGUGGUCAACGCAGCAGAACAGGUGGUUUGAGUGUGUCACUAGCUGGACCAGAUGGCCGAGUUUUGGGUGGCGGUGUGGCAGGGCUUCUUACAGCGGCAGCUGCUGUUCAGGUUAUUGUUGGUAGCUUCAGCACGGAAGGUCAGAGGCAGCGAAAGCCAGGGAAUUCCGAUGCCUUUGGUACACCAGCAACAUUAACAUCAGCGGCCAGAAGUCCUCCAUCACUCGGAACCCUAAGUGAGUCGAGUGGUGGGCCUGUUAGCCCUCAUAAUCAGGUUGUUGAAACUUCAAAUAAUAGUCCUGGAGUUGCUAACUUGCCCUGGAGAUGAGAGAACCUUAUAAAUAGGAGUGCUGUUCUUAUGCUUCCAGAAUUCGUGUUGAUACCUCAACCUUUAGAAAGCUGUGCAGUCUGUUUAUUUAGUAGUAUUUCAUUAUUACAGUGUAAUCAUGAUAAAGAUUUUUCCGUCCCAGCCUACUAUCUGAAAACGUGUAAAAGAGGCAUGUGGUUUGUUGCCAUUAAAUAGGUUACAUAAUGCUAUCAUUUUCUAUGGAGAACACUAUGUCAUACAUAUAAUGCUACUUUGCUCGAGUCGGAAUGUAAAGUUUCUGUGUA